AUGGCUGAGGAAUUGAAGAAAUUAGUAAAAAUACGCGGAGGUCUUCGAGCCAGUCUUACGAAAACAUUAGCUGUAACAGAGGAACUCUUAGCGCAAUCUACGGAAAUAUUUGAAGAAACACAGGCAAGUGACUUUGAAAUAAAACUUACCCAACAACGUGUGAUUUUGGGCGAGAAAUUAGCACUUCUAAAGAGUUUUGACGACAAGAUUAUUCUUUUGGUUGAGGACGGAAAUAUUGAGGAUGAGGUUGCCAGUGCUGAUGACAUACGUCAAGCUAUUCAAAGGGCAAUUAUUCACAUUGAUUUAAUUUUGGAAAAACUGAAGAAAGAAUGGAAUAAAGACAGUGGAUCUUCACCAUCAAAUCUCGAAAGUUCUCUGUCGCAAGCAACAGUACCACCCACAUCUAAAGUACGGUAA